AUGCUCACUUUCAGCAACCUGCUCAUACUAGCCCUCGCCAUAUUCGCUCUCCUCUCUUCGACCCUCGCCGCCCCCAUUGAACACGAACCCGAAAUCCUCCAACCUAAAUCAUUCAUCACCCAAGAAAGCAACGCCUACCCUCCACUCCGCUUCCUCACCCGUUUCCGCUCCCAUAUCCCUCCAGACACCAAAGUCCAGCUCGAGUGGACUGGGGGAAGUGGAGAAGGCGUGGAAGUCUACUACAUCCCUCAGUGGCCUGGGCAGGAAGACUACGCUCCCAUUGAUAUUCUGCCACCUACCAAGGACACCACCAGAUAUGUGUGGCACACACCCAGCCAGAAUGCGUAUCCUGAAGGGACCACAUUCAUCGUUGGGAUCAACGACGUAAUCCCAAGCAUAGGUGCAGUCUGGUACGACAUCACUGGCCUGCUAAGUUUCAAAAAGUAG